AUGUCUCCUGCUUCGUCUCAACUUCGUGGAAGUCCCUGUACGUGGUUUCCGUUCAAAGAGUGGAGCUCCAGUGACAAAGAAAAGGAGGAGAGAAACUUCGCCUCAACUCGGCAAACGUCUCUGUGGUCUUUGUUUUACAAGACGAGCUCUGAGGAGGGAGAAUCGAAAGGAGGAAGGUUUUUGAGUUUCCCGGCGUUGUUCUUCGUUUUCCUGCGAGCUUCAAAUUCAGUUCAAGUAUCAAAAAUUGUUGAAAUUACAGAAAUGGAGAAUUGGAGAAGUUGGGAUUUUAAGUCUUCGGCGACAGAAACGGCGGUGUGGCAGUGUUUUGGUGUUUGUUUGUGAGUUUAGCAUGAUGGAAGCAUGCAUGCUGAAUUGGAGUUGAGUCGGUUGUUGUGGCGCAAUAUGGAUACUACACGGAUUUAAGUGCAAAGACGAAUUAGGAUGUGGACGUAAAAUGAAUUGAGUAGGUUGAUUGGGAAAUUAUUGAAAAAGGUGAGAGGAUAUAAGACAUAGGUAUUUGGGUGUCCACAUCAAUUCCGAGAACUUGAUCGAUUCAUAUUUUGGAAAUAAGAGAUUUAGUUGAUAUGAAGUAAUUCGCCAACUUUAUUGGAAUAACGAUGUGUGGAUCGGAGGUGUGUUGCCAUCGUAGAAGCAGAAUGAUAAAGAUUUCAUAAUGCGCGUAGUUGCG